AUGGCGCACGAGAAACCCAGAAGCAGUCACAAGUCGAGAGAAGUGGGCAGGACGGUGUAUGCCUACCCACCCAUACCAAUAUACCUAGACGAAGACUAUGAAGACAGUGGGACUCUCUCCGACAGGUCUGCCAAACCUACUAGCACCAGGUCCAAGACCCGCCAGACAUCCUCCAAGGUCGCUCCCGAUGUUCAUGCUGAUGCUGUGGCUGGCACGGGCUUCACCACCCUAACCGUUCACGGCACCAUUCCGGUCCAUACUGGUAUUCUACCUGUGGUUGCACCCGCGACGCCUGUCGCCAACGGUAUUGAACGCACCCCAGGCUUCUCGCCGCUGCCGAUUGCUACCCCCGCUGCUGCUACCGGUUUCACCUCAACUUUGGCUGCCAAGCGGUUCUGUCCUACGCCAUCUCUUCCGAUUCUGCAGGAUCCUUUCGCCGACCAAGUUGCUGCGGGCGACGAAGAAUCGCUUUUUGGUGGCAAGGAACGGCUCUCUGGGCAGCCUCCAAGUAACGCCGCGUGGACCUGGACGCACUACUCUCAUCCCUCUCUCACCAAGACCCCCUUGACCUCAGGCGCCAGGCACGGGUUCGAUAUGGUGGCUGCUUCAGAGAAGACUAUGACACAAGCCCAAGCGACUGUCAAGCCAUCCAUGGACGGUGGCUUCCUCGAGAUGUCUAAGAAUGGCACCUCUUACCUGAAGCCGUCUCACGGCCCACCGACGCAGAUCACCCGUGCAGUGAAACGCGUUUCUAUUGCGUCCCCAUCGAUUUAUCCUGGGACUCCUCAGUCGGCUUAUGGCAUCGCGGUUGGGAGUGCUUCGCCAUUGACUGCGGAUGGCAUGCCUCUCUUGCAGCGCAGUGUUUCCAAGGCUUCGACGCGGCGUCGAUCGCGGUCAAGACGCAGCCUUCAGCUUGCUUCGCUCGACAAAGAGGAGGAAAGUGCAGAGCACGGCGAUGCGGAUCCGUACGAUGGUCUUCGUCUCAGCACUGCUGUCAUUCCCCAACCUGCUCCAGCCCUCAAGAAGUCUAGCUCGGUUCAGGGUCGCGCGCGCGUAAAGGCUCCUUACGCUCCCGGCUCAGUUCUGCGUGCGUCAUCAACCAUGGGUGCGCUGGCCACUCAGGCCAAUCCGUUCGACGACUCGCAAUACGUUCUGCCUCCUCUGUCCCCCGCGCUGAAGACCGAAGCAACCCGGGAGCGCGACACCAAGGCCCUUGCUACGGCUCUUGGACUGGCAAGCCCGGCACCUCUCUCUCGGCCGACGACUGUUCAUCUAGAAGACUCGGUCACGCUCGUUGGAGAGCGUCGCAAGUCUCGUCCGCUUAGCCAGGUUCGCUCUCGCCCGCAAAGCCAAAUGCUCAGUCCGAACAUGGAAGCAAGCGCGCGUCUGGGCAACUUGAUGUUGGCGAACUUUUCGAGCAUGACUUCUUUGCCCUCCACUAGCACGGCGGAAACUGGCAGUGGGCGAAACAGGCCGAUGAGGAAGAGGACGGAUGACAAGCCUCCGCGCGUGCCUUCCCCGCCGCCGAUGCCCUCAUUGGCGCAGAUGGCUCUGGCACAUACGAACCCGGAGGAGUUCGCGGACUACAAGAGUCCGACCUAUAGCAUUUACGGCUUGUACGAGGCAGACAGGAAGAGUCACUUUCCAGGCGAAGGUGGAUAUUAG